AUGAAUAUAUGUUCUAAUUUUACAUUAUCUUUGACAGGAGGUUUCCAAGAAUGUAGAAAUUUUGGAAAUAAAAAAAAAAUCAUCGCCUAGAUUUUGAAAAUAAAAACAUCGAGUAUGGGCAAAAAUCUAACUACAAUUCAAAUGCUCGUAGUAUUCAUUAUUCAUAAUUUGAUAAGGCAAAUUCUAAUAAGACAAAUUUUAACAGAUUGUUAUAUAAAAAGCAAAGCUUGUAACAAAUUUGUAUUAGCUCUUGUUGGAUAAUUCUCAUAAUUUGGAAAUUGUAAAAUAGAAAAAAAAUAUCAUAAACUUGAUACAGCAAGCUAAAUUGCUUAUUAACCAAAAUCCUAACUUACUAAUCAAUUGCAGUUGCGGGUAAAAUAUUUUUUAGAAUCUAAUAUAAAAGUUGUCUAGGAAUCUAUAUGGUACAAUCUGUAAAAGAUGGAAUUUCAUAAAUGA